UGACCUUAUCGUCGCCGCUGCGCUUCCGAGUCGCGUCCAACACCGAUGGCCGCCGCGCCUCCGCCCGUCCCCGCCGCACCGCCGUCCCCAAUGUCCGCCACCCUCCUCACCUUCCCCUCCUCCCACCCCUAUCCUUCUCUCCCCUCACCGCCCAAGCCCCCAGCCCCCAGGCCCCCUCACCUCCACCUCGUCCCCCGCGUCGCCGCAUCCCCUGCCGCCGCCGCCGCCGCACCGCACCGCGCCGCCUCGGCCACCUCCGCCACCGAACGCCUCCGCACCCUCGUCCGCCGCGGCAACCUCGACGAGGCGCUCCGCCUCGUCGACUCCCUCGCCGGGCACGACCCGCCCACGCGCGCCGCGGCGGGGCCCUGCGCCGCGCUCAUCAAGAAGCUCUGCGCGUCGGGCCGCACCGCGGACGCGCGCCGCGUGCUUGGCGCGUGCGUGCCCGAUGUCAUGGCCUACAACGCCAUGGUGGCGGGCUACUGCGGGGCCGGGCAGCUCGACGCCGCGCGAAGGCUCGUGGGGGACAUGCCCGUGGAGCCCGACGCGUACACCUACAACACGCUCAUCCGCGGCCUCUGCGGCCGCGGCCGGACCAGCAACGCGCUCGCGGUGCUCGACGAUAUGCUCCGCCGCGGAUGCGUGCCCGACGUCGUCACCUACACCAUCCUGCUCGAGGCCACCUGCAAGAGGAGCGGGUACAAGCAGGCAAUGAAGCUCCUCGACGAUAUGCGCGCCAAGGGGUGCGCCCCGGACCUCGUCACCUACAAUGUUGUCCUCAACGGUAUCUGCCAGGAAGGCCGGGUUGAUGAUGCAAUGGAAUUCUUGAAGAACUUACCGUCAUAUGGGUGUGAGCCGAACACAGUUAGCUACAACAUUGUGAUGAAGGGCUUAUUCACCGCAGAACGGUGGGAAGACGCCGAGGAGCUCAUGGCUGAGAUGGCCCAGAAGGGUUGCCCUCCGAAUGUGGUAACUUUUAAUAUGCUCAUCAGUUUCUUGUGCCGUAGAGGAUUGGUUGAGCCCGCAAUCGAAGUUCUUGAGCAGAUCCCCAAGUACGGAUGCACGCCUAAUUCAUUGAGUUACAAUCCACUUCUUCAUGCAUUCUGCAAGCAAAAGAAGAUGGAUCGAGCGAUGGCCUUCGUGGAUCUAAUGGUGUCCAGGGGCUGUUACCCGGAUAUUGUUUCGUACAACACUCUGCUUACUGCUCUCUGCCGCAAUGGGGAAGUAGAUGUUGCUAUUGAAUUGCUUCAUCAACUCAAGGACAAAGGCUGUAGCCCAGUUUUGAUUAGUUACAACACAGUUAUUGAUGGCCUUACUAAGGCUGGCAAAACAAAGGAAGCACUAGAACUAUUGAAUGAAAUGAUCAGCAAAGGGCUCCAACCAGACAUCAUUACCUAUUCAACAAUAGCUUCUGGUCUCUGUAGAGAAGAUAGAAUUGAGGAGGCGAUCACAACAUUUUGUAAAGUGCAAGAUAUGGGCAUAAGGCCCAACGCAGUGCUGUACAAUGCUAUUCUUCUUGGGCUCUGCAAACGGCGUGAAACACACAACGCUAUUGACCUGUUUGCUUACAUGAUAUUGAAUGGCUGCAUGCCCAAUGAAUCAACUUACACCAUAUUGCUUGAAGGCUUGGCUUAUGAAGGCUUGGCAAAGGAGGCAAGAGAAUUGCUGGGUGAAUUGUGUUCUAGAGGAGUUGUUAAUAAGAAAUUUAUGAAGAAAGGAGCCAUCAAAAUGCUAGAUGGACCUGCAACAACUUAGUGAUGAUCAGUUGGUGUACAUAAACAUGAGAUUAUGUGUUGGUGGCUUUGCGCAUCUUCGGCAGGGGACUUUUUUGACAGUACAAUUGUGAUAUCUUAACUGAUGCCACUUUCGUAUUAACAUGAACUACGGAAAUUAGCCAAUGGCCAGAAUUGUGAUUCAGAACCUCUCUCAGUGUCUGCUUUUCCUGCUUGGAAUGGAAGGCAUAUUGAAAUUGUCCGAUUCAGCUUCUCUUCCACUGCAAUAUAGUGGCACUGUGUCUGUAUCAUUGCAUCUCACUGGCAUAGAGCAAAACAGCCCUUGAUAUCUAUAUUGUACUGUGACAGUUACUUGGAGUUUACCUGAACUUUUUCGUUUCUAUUGUUGACUGUUACUACCGAGGGAAUUGCAUGUGCUGAAAAUGCCUGUGGGAGACAAUUUUCUUGGAUUGCUACCUGAAAGUGCACAAACAUUGAUCCUAAGCUUUUUAUUUGGUAGUGUAAACAUGAGCCUUACUCAUUGGUCAGUGAUGUAAUCUGGUCGCAUGUGAAACGUACUAGGGGCACUAUGCAAACAACUGAUGAACUUCUAAGUUUUGAGACCAUGCAUGUCCACUGUAUGCAGUAGUUUUUUUCCAGUUGCAAACCAAAGGGUUGGUUUAAGCAUACUCAAGUUUUGAAGUUAUAGAGUUUGCUCCUUCGGAUUAGUUUCUACUUUGUAAUAGCUCCCAGCAGUUAUAUUAUGAAAAUCAGCCAAUGGGCUCUCGCUCUGAUUCAGUUCA